AUGAAUAGGUACAGCAUCUCUUCCACUGCUGCAUCUGUGGGGACUGACUGCCAAGAGGUCUAUGUCCCUCAUGAGGUCUUCCUGGUUGUUGGUAUAGCAAGUCUGACUGAGAAUCUACUGGUAGUGCUUGCAGUGAUACGCACCCCUAAACUACACUCUCCAAUGUAUCUGUUUAUCUGCAAUCUAGCUGCUUUCAACACCCUUUCUAGCCUGUGCAUGGCCUGGGAGAGCACCAUGUUGGCCUUCUCUGCUGCUGGUCACUUGGACACGGGAGGGACACUGGAGCGUCACCUUGAUGAUGUGAUUGACACAUUACUAUGCAUGUCAUUUUUGGGUUCAUUCUGCAGUUUCUUGGCAAUUGCUGUGGAUCGCUACAUUACUAUAUUUCACGCCCUGCGGUAUCAUGUCAUUGUAACAUGCCGACGGGCAAUCAUGGUGCUAGGGAUAAUCUGGGCAUUGUGUGGCACUGGUGGAGCAGUUAUGAUAAGGUUCUUUGACAUCGCCACUGUCAUGGUGACCUUCAUCAUAAUUUUUCUUCUCGCUUUGCUCCUCAUUCUCCCCCUCUAUGUUCUCAUGUUUCUUCUUGCACGGAAACAUGCAGGACACAUUGCUUCUUUACCAGGUGUUUUGGAAGCAGGAAGAACUCGCCUUCCUGGCUGGAGAAGCAUGCAGGCAGCUUUGACACUCACCAUUCUAUUUGGGGUGUUUAUGGUGUGCUGGACCCCUUUUUUUCUGCACCUGCUAUUGUUAAUGUUGUGCCCACAAGACCCUUACUGUGAAUGCUACCGCUCCCUGUUUCACCUACAUCUUUUGCUGUCAGUCAGUCACGCAGUCAUUGACCCCACAAUCUAUGCCUUCCGCAGUAAAGAACUCAGACGCUCAAUUCGGAGGAUGCUGCGCUACCCAAUUCGAUGAGGUCUGGACAUAAAAUCAUGUUUUCAUCUCACAGCAACUCUUUCUGUUGAUAGUGCAGAGGACAUUAUAGUCUAUUCAGAGUACCUUAACUGAACCCUCAUGCCAUACAAAUCACAACAGGCAUUGCUUAAACUGAGUCUAUUUGAUAUUGUUCUUUUGGCAAGAUUUAAAAAUGUCUUUGCUUGUUUUUAAGAAAAUGUGCUUGAUGCGCAGGCAGCCAAAUUAGCUUGUUCUCUUGAUAAUCUUAAAAUAAGUCAAACUCGUAUUAAAUGAAGUCAAAUGAUUUUACGAGAAAGCGUUAGGUAAGUGUCUAAAACAAUACCAACAAGUAAAAACAAUACCAACAAUAUAUGUUUUUAUCUUAACGUAAGAUUAAUUGGUUAGAUUAAUUUGUUGGACAAGCAAUUUCUGCAGUGUAUGAAUGGUUGGCAAUUCCCUUGGGUAAAGUCUGUAUAAAUGCUGACUUAUGGAAAGGGCACAGAAAGGGUACAAGCAAGCCUUCACACACUUCACAAUUUCACCAUGGGACAGCCCUUAGCCCUCACAAAGUUUCACAAAGUUCAUAUGUGUCAUGAUGAGGAAACCUAUGAAGUUCUGACUUAACAUCUAACUUGAUCUUCUGGUGUCGGAGGAGUUAGAGAAGACACUAGACAAGCCUUGACAACUUUCUCCUUCCAUCUGCAGUUUACAUCUGAUGUGAUGGAUAUUAUGGGAUUUUGUUCAUUACUGUUGUUCUGCAUUGAGUAAGUGUCUUUCCUUUUCAUUAGAAUAAAUAAGACUGACAGAAUAAAUGAUGAUGUUUUAAUAAACCACUAGAAUUAGAUAGAUUACUUGCAAAGGGAAAUUAUGGUGUUACAGCAGCAAUUAAUAAUAUGAACAUAAAUCAC